UGUCAUGGCGGCGUCUGAUGCUGUCGUCAACGGUCUAGAAUCGUUGUCAGUGGAAGAUUCUUCGCUCAAGAAUACUGUAGAUUCUAAAAAUGACGACGAACAUCUGCAAAGAUGGGGCUUUACUCUAGAAGAUCUUUACAAAAUAGCUCUGAAAUUUUAUAAAGAGAAAGAAGGUAAAGCUCUUCAAAUUAGCUACAAAGACAAAUUGAAGCUUGUUGCCUAUACCAAGCAGGUAACCUAUGGCAAAUUUAGAACAGAUGUAUCUCCAGAUGUCGGCUUUCUUGAUGUGGUCGGCAAUGACAGAAGUACUGAUCCUAGUGAAUGGCAAGCCUGGCAGUCACUGGGGGACAUGUCCAAGGAGAGUGCAAUGGCGGAACUGGUGAAACAUCUCGACAGCAUCUGUCCUCUGUUCAAGCCAUUCGUGGAGGCACACAAGACUGAGCGUGAUGAGAAGAUAAAGAGAGAAAAAGAAGAGGCUGAGAAGAUGCGCCAGGAAGCUGAGGAACGUCAACACAAGGAGUUGGAGGAACAGGCCAAACUGCAGCAGGAGGCUGAACGCAAACGCCAGAUGGAACAAGAAAUGCAGAUCCGAACUGCUUUGAACCAGCAAACAGCCCAACAAUUCAAGCAGUAUGCAGAACAACAGUACCCAGGAAAUGCACAAAUGCAAGAGGAGCUGAUCCACCAGCUUCAGGAGCAGCACUUCCAGCAGUACAUGCAGCAGAUCUACCAGCAGCAGUUGCUUCACCAGCAGCAGCAGAUGCAGCAGAUGCAGGCCAUGAACAGCACGGCACAGAGCCCACAGAACAUCGGCCAUGUGGUGCAGAACGGACCUGUUGGUCCGGUCACCCUGGCUGGCUCGCCAAAGAGGCAGCGCGACGAUCAGGGGGAUGGUACUACUGAUGACACGGGGGAGGAAGGAGAAGAUGACAUGCCUUCAAUAGCUGCUGCCUCCAUGUGGACACGAAAAGAUUUAAAAGAAUUCAAAGAUUCCCUUCGAAACGACAAAGACUCUGUUAUUAAGAUAGGCUCAGGAGAAACAGUAACUGUUCGAGUUCCAACUCACGAAGAUGGGACAUGUUUGUUUUGGGAGUUUGCCACAGACUAUUACGAUGUUGGGUUUGGUGUGUAUUUUGAGUGGACAAUAGCACCCAGCAACACUGUGAGUGUUCAUGUGAGUGAGUCGAGUGAUGAGGAGGAAUUUGAGGAGGAAGCAGAAGGUACAGCUGAGACACCUACAGGGAAAGACGACGUAGAAAGAGGCAAAAAGCUUGACAACCGACCACCAACUGAUGAAAUCAUUCCGGUGUACCGCCGUGACUGCCACGAAGAAGUGUACUGUGGCAGCCACACGUAUCCCGGUAGAGGAGUCUACCUGCUUAAGUUUGAUAACUCGUACUCUCUGUGGAGAUCAAAGACGCUGUACUACCGAGUGUACUAUUCCAGAUAGGCUUGGAAGUGUAGCAAUUUAUGUGGGACGAUGUAGCUGGGGUAUUUAAAACACAAUUAUUAUAGGACACUGUAUGCUUGAGGUCAGUCAGGUGAAGGAAUGAGCAGGGUUAUUAAACAGACGGAUAUUGAGAUGGAAAAUAGAGGUGGACGCAUUGUGUGUGGAGUGAGUGCUACUAAUUAUCUCUUGUCACAGUAUCUCAUGUCUUUGUUUCUCUCUCUCCUGCAUUUGUUUAAGUAUCAUAUCUGUUGUGUUUGUUUUGUUGAUGAACACAAGCUUUGCCAAAGAUCUUAUCAUUGAACAGUGAUAUAUUUAAUAAUAUUUAUGUUAGGAGACAGUAAGCACAGUAUAAUGAUGGUUUGAAAUAAACAUAGUUGUUGGUGAGAAUUAUGCCCAACAACAACUUAUCCACCUCAAGAUAUCCUAUGCUCCCAACAUCAUAAAAGUAAAGAAAAAAGGCGCCUAUAUUUUAUUGUGAUUUGAGAACUAAAUUAAAAGCCAACCAUUUUCACAGUGUGUUAGCUAUUAUUUACAUCACUGUUUAACAUAUAGAUUUUUCUUCGUCUGAUCUGUUUGAAAUGUGUGUGUCCAUGUUCAUAUUAUUAUUGUUAUUUGCAUUUGGUCAUCAUAUAAAAUAUUUAGUCUCACAGUAUUCUACUAUAACUCCCAAUGAUACGAAUUGCAAGCAUCCACAAUCUGCAAAUAUAUGGGAAUUCUCACAAAUAUCAUUUGGGCUGAUUAUAAAAGUUAAAAUCAACAAAAUUUGCAUUACAGUAAUGGAUUGAUAACAGUGGUGGUCUCACAAGAGCAGCAGAAUCUCACUGCAUUCGCCAUGCUAACCUUCGCAGGAUGCAACCAAUAUCAUAAAACAGUAACCAGUUAUUCACUGUAUAUUUUGCAUACAAGUUGGCCUUAAAAUCCAUUUUUGAUUAAAACCAUUGUUCGCCAAAUGUUUGAGAAAGUCACUAGCCCUUGCAUAAUCUUUGGCUAGUGCCCUAUGUAUUAUAGUAAUACAGAUGAUAAUUUUCAGACCAAGAGUUCACUAAGGGUUAGUGGAUUUGUUAAACCAUGAUUAAAACUAAUUGAAGUUAAUUUAAUUAAUAUAAACAUCACACUAAACUAUAUAGAGUGAAUUUAAUGUAUAUAUGAAUCCAAUAACUUGAGAGAAAGAAGGGAAAAGGUAGUUUGAGCACUAUUUCCUUUUUUCUUCCAAAAACUUGGUUGCAACAAUGUUUAUUGUUCUAAAAUUAAAUAAAUCCUUUUGUAUAUAUAUUUGUCGUGUCUGUCACAUUUAUUACAUCAGUGCAAAAUGACUUUCACAUUUGACUGACCUUUAUGUCCUGUGUCUUGAAAUGAAUAGUGUCAGAAUGAAUGAAAGAAUGAAUGAUUGAAUGAAUGAAUGAAUGAAGGAACGAACGAACGAACGAAUGAAUGAACGAAUGAACGAAUGAAUGAUUGGCUUGACCACAGUCUAGCAUGAACAAAAGAGGUUAAUGGUUGUUAAAUAAAUGUUAGUGAAUCAGUGGAUGACAAAAUAGUAACAUUCUAUAGACUAAACUAAACAGCUGUGAAAAGUAACGAAAAUCACAGAUAAAUUAUUAUAAAAAUGUAGUUUUAAUACACAACAUGGAAUGUUAGUUGAUGUGUAUAUGUAUUCACUUUUACCUGUAUAUUCUGACAUACUGGUCUGACAAAAAAAACCCCUAAAACCCCCUGCAUACUUCGCUUUAAUCCACUAAGUUAAAUGCUGGUCUUAAUUUAGAUGUGACAUCUUUUUUCCAUUGUGGUUUCACAGACCCAAGAAUGUAUUCUAAUGCGUAUGAAUAAAUAACUGAAGUCCCCACUUUGCCACUGAGAUGAGAAGCACUUCAUCAUGUUGUUUUGGAAUACACAUAAAGUGGAAAUUAAGUCCGAUUAAUGUAACACAUUACUAGUGUGUCAGAUAUGUACUGGUGGAAAGAAGUAAGGGACCACAUGGUAUCUGAAGCACUAGAGUAGUAUAAAAUACAGAGUUGUAAUGUGGGAUUGAAUAUCUGUACUGUGGAAAUGACUGCCAGUAACAGUUAACUUCCUGAUACUAUGGAUGAUGGUUUUGGUUGCACUAUUUGUGCUUACUAUUUAUAUGUUACCUUAUUUCUUUCCAUCGGUAUAAACUUUGGAAAACAUGUGUUUACUUAUGCCAUGUAAUAACACAUUUGUGUAUGCUAAAAUUCUGUUACUGUCAAUUUAUUAAAUGACUGAAGAAUCAGCCUGUCGGGGGGGAAAAACCAGUUAUUUUUGUCUUCCUAUACAUACGUAUUCCUGUCUGAAAUAUGUUCAUCUGUGGCAUGCUUUCCAUUAACAUGAUUCCACUUGCAGAAGCCCAGUGGUAAAGCGGUCGGUCUAGGAUCAAUCCCUGUUGGUGGACCCAUUGGGCUAUUUCUCGUUCCAGCCAGUGCUCCACAACUGGUGUAACAAAGGCCGUGGUAUGUACUACCCUAU